CGAGAAACGAUCAGUGCGACUCGAACGUUCGUGGAACGAGUAUCCUCGAGUUAUCCGCGCCUUUUUUCUAACGACGUUAUACGCGUAUACGUCUCUGUAUACACACAUAUCUAUAUGUAUAUACAUGGGCAGAGGUUGAUGUAUAUAUGUAUUCAUAUUUGUGUAUACGUGUAUGUAUAAACAGAGGCACGAGAGUCAAACGGGUCGCGAGCCUCCGAACGGCUGGAUGCCAUGUUCUCAGUCGCUUGUACGACCAACGAAAAUAUUGCUUUUGUUUACCGUUGACGGUGGGAGUAGCGGCGUAAGCGCGAGGCUGUUUCAUCGAUAGGAACACAACAAAUCGGUGAAAGUGAGACGCCAUUUUGGAAUAAAGGCGCGAAAAUAAGUCUUACCGGGUAAAAUAAUAAAAAAAAAAAAAAAAAAAAAAAAAAACACGGAAGAAAGAUAAAUAAAUAAAUUGAAAAAAAACUUGGAAGGCGUGAGAAUCUAAAGAGGAGUGCGCGCGGGAAAUUGUGGUGUUGUGUCCCAGUGAUCGUGAACGUAAGAGAGGAAGGAACAAGGACAUUAGAUAAAGUGAGAGAGGAAGUAAGGUGUCGUGCGAGAGAACGCGCGCGAAGCAGUUAAAAUAUGACCAGAAGAUCGCUCCUGUGAUACUUCACACAUGUACGUGAUCGAGUGUCCCGCGUUUCUCGCGUCGACGUGCUAUCGCGAUUUUUCACCUGGAUUACGAUAAAGGAAAGGAUAUAAAAAAUGGCUGUGACAUGGGCGCCGAGGGUGAAAAUAACGGUGUUGAAUGUGGUCGUUUGCACGCUAGUAUGUUGGUCGAUAAUGAGCGUAGGGCUGUGCGGCGCAUCCUGUCACUGGUCAUCCGACGGUAACGACACGCGUUCGGCUGCGUGCUCGCUCAGAACACUCGAUUCGUCAGCCCUCGCGGCCCUUUUUCCAUCCCUCGAUGGCGCUUACAAACUCGCACUCGGCUGCAGUAGCGUUCAUCACUUCGAGAGCAUCAUAUCAGGGGAGAGCUGGAAUCGCCUGAGCGGCCUCCACGAAUUGAGCAUCGACGGAUGCAAAAUACUGCGUAUACCGGAAGCCGCUUUUCAACCACUCGGGGAACUCAAGAGGCUCGCUCUACGGACCGGUAAUACCGAUUGGAGCACCAACCGAGUCCUCGAACUCGACACCGAAGCUCUCGCCGGCCUGCGCGAACUUCAAACUCUCGAAAUCGUCAGCAGCAAUCUCAAGAGCCUACCGAAAAAUGUACUUUGUGGAUUAAACAACCUGCAGAUUCUCAAUCUCACCGAUAAUCGUUUCGCCACCAUCGAAGAAGUUGGCCUCAUCGAUUCCCGUGUCAAUCGUGCCGACUGCCACGCCGACAUACGAGCCCUUGAUCUUUCCCGAAACGAGAUCAGGUCCCUGCCCGAGGAGAGCCCCCUCUCCGGACUUCGACAGCUUCAGGAAUUGUAUUUACAACACAACGCCAUAAGCUCGAUAGCCAGCGACGCGCUCACCGGCUUAACCAGUCUGCGCGUCAUCAAUGUCAGUUACAACAGCCUGGAAUCCUUGCCCGAAGCCAUGUUCGGGAGCACUCGCGAUCUCCGAGAAAUUCAUCUGCAACGGAACGAAUUGAAAAAUUUACCGAGGGGCACCUUCACGCGGCUGGAACAAUUGUUGAUCCUGAAUCUCGGUGGUAAUCGAUUGGACAGUGACAACGUCGAUGAAACCACCUUUCUCGGCCUCAUCAGGCUCAUCGUUCUUGAUUUAUCCUACAACGUUCUCACUCGCAUCGACGCAAAGAUGUUCAAAGAUCUUUUCUUCCUGCAAAUUCUCGAUCUGCGCAACAACAGCAUCAGCCACAUCGAGAGCAAUUCCUUCAUGCCGCUGUACAAUCUCCAUACUCUCGAAUUAUCGGAUAAUCGUUUGCACAGCGUGAGCGCUCAGCUCUUCAACGGCCUCUACGUACUGAACCGACUUACUCUUUCGGGCAACGCUAUUGUAACGAUCGAUCAGCAGGCCUUCAAAAAUUGCUCAGACCUGAAAGAGCUCGAUCUCAGUGGCAACGAACUCACGAGCGUUCCCGAGGCGUUGCGCGAUCUCGCCUUUCUCAAAACUCUCGACCUCGGGGAGAACAAAAUAACCGAUUUUCACAACGGCUCUUUCCGGAAUUUGAAUCAGCUCACCGGGCUCCGGCUUAUCGGUAACGAGAUUGGAAAUUUGUCGCGGGGCAUGCUUUGGGAUCUGCCGAAUUUGCAAAUUCUCAAUCUCGCUAGGAACAAAGUGCAGCACGUUGAGAGAGACGCUUUCGAGAGAAACACUCGUCUCGAGGCCAUAAGAUUGGACGGAAAUUUCUUGUCCGAUAUUAACGGAAUAUUCACGAGUAUAGCCAGUCUCCUGUUGCUCAAUCUAUCGGAGAACCACAUCGAGUGGUUCGAUUACGCCUUCAUACCUAGCAAUCUCAAGUGGCUCGAUAUACACGGGAAUUUCAUCGAGAGUCUUGGAAAUUAUUACCAGAUAAGGGAUCUCCGGGUGAGAACGUUGGACGCGAGCCACAAUCGUAUAACCGAACUGUCGCCCCUCUCGGUCCCCGACAGCGUUGAAUUAUUGUUUAUAAAUAACAAUUACAUAAGCACCGUAAGAGCCAAUACUUUCACACGAAAAACGAAUUUAACUCGCGUCGAUAUGUAUGCGAACAUGAUUGAAACGAUGGAAUUAAACUCGUUGCGCCUGACGCCAGUGCCGGAGGGGAAAUUUUUGCCGGAAUUUUACAUCGGUGGUAAUCCCUUCAAUUGCAAUUGUUCAAUCGAUUGGCUCCCGGUGAUAAACAACAUGAGCGCGCUCCGGCAAUAUCCCCGCGUGAUGGACCUCGAUAACGCGAUGUGUCGCGUCUCCGGUCCUCGUGGCACCGCAAUCGUGUCCGCCGCGGUCGCUCGUCCGGAACAAUUUUUGUGUCGUUACGAGGCUCACUGUUUCGCGUUAUGUCACUGUUGCGAUUUUGACGCCUGCGAUUGCGAAAUGACCUGCCCAUCGGAUUGCAAGUGUUAUCACGAUCAAACGUGGAAUACGAACGUUGUCGACUGUUCGGGUCUCGGCUCGCAGGAUAUACCGCGGAGGAUACCGAUGGACGCUACCGAGGUCUAUCUCGACGGUAACGAUUUUCGCGAAUUACAGAAUCACGUAUUCAUCGGUAGAAAAAAUAUGCGAGUGUUGUACGUGAACGGGAGUGGUAUCGAGUCGAUACAAAAUCGUACGUUCAACGGCCUGAACAAUCUUCAAAUAUUGCAUCUCGAGGACAACAAGAUCGCCGAACUCAAGGGAUUCGAGUUCGAGCAUCUCUAUCAUCUGCGUGAAUUAUAUUUGCAGAAUAAUAUGAUAAGUUUUAUCGGUAAUUUGACACUCUUCUCGUUGCGUUCGUUGGAGAUAUUAAAAUUGAGUGGCAACCGUUUGGUGACGUUCCCCGUCUGGCAGGUAACGCUGAAUACCCGCCUGAUCGAGCUCUCCUUGGGGGAUAAUCCCUGGUCGUGUCGUUGCAAAUUCCUCCAAGAGUUGUCUACCUGGGUAUCGGACAAUGCCCACAAAGUGAUCGACGCGUCUGACGUUUGGUGUUACAAUAACGAGGCGAGGCCCGCUUAUCGUCGUCGUUUGAACGUUAACGAGACGGCGUGUUCGGAUUAUUAUGCUCAAGGCGGGGUUAUCGAGAGCAUAAUGAUAUCCGAUUAUUUGCCGAUGGUCGCGGCGACCCUCUCGGCGGUGCUUCUUUUGCUUGUUAUCGCCGUGUUGGCCUUCAUAUUUCGGGAGCCCGUAAGGACGUGGGCUUACACGCGUUACGGGGUUAGAUUUUGGGCAAAAUCAUCUCCCAACGACGACAAGGAGCGUCUUUACGACGGUUACGUAUGUUACAGUCCGAAGGACGAGGACUUUGUAUUGCACUCGUUGAUAGUCGAGCUCGAGCAUGGCCCGAGUGGCCUGAGGCUCUGUCUGCACCACCGCGACUUGCCGUGUCUCCGAGCAGCCGCGCCGGUUGUUCUCGAAGCCGCGGAGGCCUCCAAACGAGUCGUGAUCGUUCUUACGCGCAAUUUUCUGCAAACCGAGUGGUCGAGAUUCGAGUUUCGAGCGGCUGUUCACGAGGCGAUGAGGAGCCGGACCGGACAAUUGGUCGUCGUCCAAGCAGGCACGGUCGGACCGGAAGCCGAGGCCGAUCCGGAAUUAAGGCCGUACCUCAGGACCGCCACUACCAUAAGAUGGGGCGAAAAGCGUUUCUGGGAGAGGCUUAGAUUCGCGAUGCCAACGGGGGAUGCGCUAAGAAGAAAAUCAUCGUCCCUCUAUCGACGCAACGUCAACACGUACACCCUCGAGGGAAGACCGGAAAAGGGGACAUCGACGCUCCGCGUACACGGACACAUACAGGGUCAUCAUCAUCACCAUCACAACAAUCAUCAUCACCACAAUCACUCGUUGUUCAAAGACUCGCCCGAGCUGUUACAAGCGCCACCGGCUUAUACGAGUACCGCGACAAUCGGACAGAGCAACCUUAAUAGAAGCAACGAUGUUGUACCCGGAAGGGAAACACCGGUGAGCUCCACCGCUGCCAGUCCGAGUCCAAGAUUGACGAUGAAUCGUGGCUAUCAGGAGGGCCCGAUGGACGCUGUCAAUGAGAGUAGGAGACCGCUUUCUGAGCACAUAUACUCUUCCAUUGAUUCGGACUAUUCGACCCUCGAAAGGAUCGCCUGGAGGCAGCAACAGCCGUCCCAACCCGGCCAGGCUUAUCUCGUAUAAGAGAUAUUUCUCUUCUUCGCACCGAAUAAACUUUCUCACGUGUUCGGUUCUUCGUUCAUCUUCCUUUGCUUCUUGCAACAACGAAACGAGGAUUUUUCACAUUCCGCCCGAUCUUUUACGCGAGCCAUGCUGUGAUUUAGGGAAAGGGAGGAGGAGAGCAGGGCCGGGGAGGGACGAAACGUUUUUCUUUUUCUUCUUGUCGCACUGUGCCGGAUUUCACAGUGACACGAAGCUUCGAUUCAAUUUCGAGACUAAAAAACAAAGGAUAUGCAUAGAUCUGCUCGUGCUCGUGUGUGCGUACGUGUGUGUAUGUGUGCGUGCGUGUGUGUGCGUUUAUCCGAAAUUUUUCUUAUUCGGAACUUCUCAUGUGCAUCGCCAGCGAAAUAAUACGAACAAACGCAUGUAUAAAAUAUAAAUUACGCAAACUCCCGUUUCCCAUGUGACACGCAACUUUCGAGAGAUCUCUUUUGAACUCAAUUAUUCCGAAGCGUCAAGUCAAAUUUAAAAGGAGAAUAAAAAAAUGGUGUCUAUUAUAAAUAGUUGUGUAAGAGCGUCGUGACGAGCGUAUACGAUGAAAAUGUUUGUCUUCUUUUUUCUUUUUUUUUUUUUAUUCAGCGUUCCAGGCCCUUUUCUGGCCUCAAUUGCGUCAGCUGAACAACUCUUUUCGCAAAGUGAGUAUCGAUUUUGCGAAAUCUUUGUUGGCGGAAAGAAAAAAGGAAGCCACGGAUAUGCUCAAAGACAAAAGGAGGCUGGAAAAAUAUUUUUUCCGCUUUGAAAUAUUUGUUUCCACGACUUUUACGCGAUGGUUUCUCUUCCUUUCUCGUUUUUCAUUCUUCAUUAAUCGCCAAAUUUCUCCUCUCCUCUCCUCUACGUCUUGGAAUUUGACCGUUCAAGGGUCUUUUUGUUUUGUUUUUGUCUCGCAAUUUACGAUACGCCGAGUCUAGUCAAAUGGGAGAAAGUACAUUGUAUCAUUGCUUGGCGCGACGUUGAAAAUGAGAAGGAUCAUGAAGAACGGGAAGAGAAAAAAUUGCAAGCUGCGCUAAUUGUUUAAUUGAGGAUGGGGAAUGGCGACAACACAGGGUGGCGUAUAAAAAAAGAAACAGGAACGAGGGUGCUAGAGAACGCGAGUCCGUAAGAGAGGCUCGUUGCGGUUAUUUCGCCAAUUUUAUUUCGGUGCUUCGUCACAUCGUCUUGUUGACUUGUAUUUUUCGCAUUUUGAGACUGCAGUCCACGAACGAGGCCUCGACCAACCCUUCAGCGGAGCUUAAACGAGACAAAAGUAGGCGUUUUUUCUCGGGGAAUAUUGUUGUUUGUCUUGUGUGCGAAUAAGCAUUUUCGUUGGACGCUUUAAUGCUGUCAGAUACUGCCAUCGACGAGGAGAUAAACGUUUAUCCGUUGAGAUUGUAUUUUUAACGAUAUCCCAUUGUAACGCCUUUGAAUUACUUGAAAACGCAGAUUUCCGGGCUUGCCUUGCGCGAAGCGGCCUCGGAGAAACGUCCAUAAAUUUUUUCUUUUACUCCGUUCGAUCGCUCAUUCAGGCGAACCCCCAAUUUUCCUUGUGGCCCAUUUUUCAUUAUGAACAAAGUGGCAAUCGUGGCCUGAAGAAAAUGUGUAAAUUAUAUUAUCGAUGGCCUACUACCUCGCCAGUGACUAAUAGCUUAAUACCGUUUUACUUAAGUUGUUUGUGCUUACGAAAACAUUGCGAUUCGGAUUUGGAGAAGGAAAGAAAAAAAAAUUGCGUCAAAGUACCAUUGUCCUCGCCGGAUCGCGUCUGUAAAUAUUUUUUUUUUGUUUUUUUUUUUUUUUUUUUUUCGUGAACGUACGUACAUAUACGUAUAUGUAUGUAUUGAGCUGUGUAUAAAUUGAAAUAUAAUUUUUCUUCACGAAGAGCGAGAGAGAGAGAGAUUAAAAGAGAAAAAAAAAAACGAGUGCAACGUUCAGAAAUGCAGUGCUGAGAGACUCAAUUUAGGUAGGCAAUUUUUUGUAAUUUUAUAUGACUGACGAGAGAGAGGGAGAGAGAGAGAGAGAGAGAAAAAAAGAAUUGAAUGCAGAGCGAAAGAAAAUGCGCAAAGGUUGUAUCGUGUAUGAUAUGUAAAUAUGUAACUAUAAUUCCGCCUCGUGUAAGAUAUAAUCGCCGUGAAAUAACAGAACAAACCGUUAAAAAAUAAUGAAUACAGAGAAUAAAAAAACGCAAAUACGAUUGAGAAUGAAUAAUUAAAAUAGAAGAAAAUAUCCAAUGGAGCAAUUGAACAAGAAUUCAAUUUUCGACGUCGAACUUUCGAGGUGACGGAGUUACUUGAUCAAGCAAAAGCAGAAGAAUAAAUAAAUAAAUAUUUAAAGAGAAAAAAAAACAUUCAUUGCGCAUUAACACGCGUAUCCAUACACGUAUACCCACCCACUGUAUAUUUGCUAAUAUACUUCGAUAAUUUAAAUCUUGUGAAUAAAUUUACGACAUACGUUAUCGUUUCAAUUCGAAA